AUACGCAUAUUGAUUAUAUUUUUUUCAAAAAAUAAUUUUAAAAAUUAAAUUUAAAUUAAAUUUUUUCAUUCCUGUUAGAGGAAAAUAGUAUAUGUGUGUAUUUGAUAACACUAAGGGAAUAUAUGAGCUAUUUUCACAAUAAGGGGUAUAAAUGAUUCAAUCUCAUAAUAAGGGGUAUGUAUGAACCACUUUCAUAAAAAAUAAGGUUCACCCAAAAAAUUGUCCAAUUACGGUAAUUUCAUAACUAAAGCGAUGUCUUUGAACUUUGAUUGCGCUCAAACACAAACUAAGUAAGAUUUUCAAAGCGAGUAUCGAAAACCAAACAAAAAAACAGAAAACCAAAUUAUAAGAUUCGCGCCAAAUAUUUAAGGCCGUUAAGUUUAUAACUACUAUUCUGACUCUGCUCAGGACAAUGCGCGAGUCCAAACUAACUAACUGAAAAUAAAACGGUAAACAAGAAAAAAAUAUAUAAUAAGAUUCGCGCCAAAUUAUUUAAGUUCGUUAAAUUUAUAACUACUAUUAUGACUCUGUCCCUGAUGAGCGCGAAUCUAGACGAAUUAAAAGUUUCAAAACAAGUAUCGAAACUAAAAACAGUAAGCAAAAAAAUAUACUACUAGGUUCGCGCCAAAUAUUAUUAAAUUUUCAUUAAAUUCACAACCACCACUACAAAUCUGCUCUGAACAACACAAAUCUAAGUUGAUCAAAAUCUCGAAAUAAAUACCGAAAAUCAUACUUAUAAAACAUAACAUAUCAAACUUAUAUAGUACAAAUAUAUAAUUUCUCUUUUGGGAUAUACAACAAAAAUGAAGGUCUUGCAUGUUAAGUCCUUUCAAAUAUAUAUGUUUAAAGGAGAAAACCGGAAGAACAAAACAGAGUGUACUAAUAGUUUUUCCCUUUUAUCUUACAAUUUGGAAAGAAAGAGACAAAAUGUAACCCGACAAAUUCGCGAUUGAAUUAAAACCAUUAGCUUAAGGUUUUUUUUUUUUAAUUUUUAUUUUUAUACAAUAUAUAAAAAUAUAAAUCGAUACUAAAUUUGGAAAACUGAUAGUGUAACUGAUAAACCCCACCACUCCCCUAUCACUUCCAGAGGAAGUUUUACUCUUCAAUGGCGGCAGAACCUGGGCGAGUUCUGAGGAAAAGAAAACUCAAAGUUGACAGAGGAGCACAUCGGAAAUUAGGUGUUGAUCAAAAAGUUGAGGUGAAGAGUCUUGAAGAUGGAUUUUUGGGUUCGUGGCAUUUGGGUACUGUGAUUAGUUGUAGUGAUUUGAUUCGUGAGGUUCAAUAUGAUUUUAUAUGGUCAGACCAGGGCUCUGACAAAUUGGUUGAAGUGGUAAACGUAUCUCCAAUAAUUGAAGGGUUAUUACCUGUUGAUGAACGGCCAGCUCAUCAAUGUGGUAUGAUCAGACCAUCACCGCCCCCUUGUGAACUUGACAGCUGGCCUUAUGGUCAGUGUGUCGAUUGCUUCUACCAAGAUGCAUGGUGGGAGGGUGUAUUAUUUGACCGUGAGGAAGGUCAUGAGGAGAGAAAGGUCUUCUUCCCAGAAUUGGGUGAUGAAAUGAAGGCAAAGCUAGGCGAGUUGCGCAUAUCUCAAGACUGGGAUGAGUUAACGGAGGAAUGGAAAAUCCGUGGAUCAUGGUCAUUUCUUCAAGUGGUUGAAGAAAUUGAGAAACUAAACCCACUCUUAGUUUCGGUUAAACAAAUUUGGUAUGAAGUGCAGCUGAAGGAUGAUUUUGAUGAACAUCUCAAGCAGUGGACAUCUUCUUCGAAAGAUAUUUGGAGGAAACUGGUGAAGGAAGUUGUGCAUGACAGUACCAAGUUAACUGUCAAGCAUUAUCUUUCUGAACUGAACUCCUUACAGAUCAUCGGAGAGGGAUGUCAGUUGCUCGAAUUUUCAGAAUCUGCUUUUAUAGCUGAACUGAACCCUGAAGUGUACUUUGCACCCUUUACUGAAGCUGCUUAUACAUUAGAUAGUUCGGCCACACUGCCUAUGGAUCAGGAUCUUUCCAAUCUUCAACCUGUAGAAAAGCUACUUGUUUCGGAGGAGUCUGCACCUGCCGCAGAGGAUGUUCAAAUGACUGGUAUUUUGUCCUGUACCGAGAGUGAACUACCUACUUUGGCGAAAGCUAAGCGUGUUAGGGGGAGACCUCGAAAAGUCAAGAAGAUAUUCAAGGGGCGGACCCAAGUUACUGAACCUGACUCUUGUCGAGAGGCGAACUCAACAAAAACAAUUAAGGAGAAGAUAUUCGACGAUGUUUCCCCUCUUCAGCAGCCUGUGGAUCAGGAUGUUCCUAAUCUUCAUCAGCCUUUGAAUCAGGAUAUUUCUGACCUUCAGCCAUUAGAGAAGCAACUUGUUCCGGAGGAGUCUGCACCUGCCACAGAGGAUGAUCUAUUAAGUGGUAUUGAUAUUUAUAGUUCAUUUCCUCCAAGAAUAUUCCUCUGUAUCACCACACAUAAUGUCUAUGUUUUACUUCUGCCUAUUGACGACUUUGCAGGUAUUUUAUCAAACACCAAGAGUCAGCCACUGACUAUUGCGAAUUCUAAGGCUUGCAGAGGGAGAUCUCGUACAAAGAGGAAGAUAUAUGACAGGCAGACUGUGGUUGGUGAACCUGCCUCUUGUCGAGAGGCAAACUUGACAAAAACAAUUAAGGAGAAGAUAUUCGAGGAUGAUUCCCCUCUUCAGCAGCCUAUGGAUCAGGAUGUUCCUAAUCUUCAACAGCCUUUGGAUCAGGAUAUUUCAGAUCUUCAGCCAUUAGAGAAGCAACUUGUUUCGGAGGAGUCUGCACCUGCCGCAGAGGAUGUUCAAAUGACUGGUAUUUUGUCCAGUACCGAGAGUGAACUACCGACUUUGGCGAAAGCUAAGCGUGGUAGGGGGAGACCUCGAAAAGUCAAGAAGAUAUUCAAGGGGCGGACCCGGGUUGGUGAACCUGACUCUUGUCGAGAGGCGAACUCAACAAAAACAAUUAAGGAGAAGAUAUUCGAGGAUGUUUCCCCUCUUCAGCAGCCGGUGGAUCAGGAUGUACCUAAUCUUCAACAGCCUUUGGAUCAGGAUAUUUCAGAUCUUCAGCCAUUAGAGAAGCAACUUGUUUCGGAGGAGUCUGCACCUGCUGCAGAGGAUGAUCUAUUGAGUGGUAUUUUAUCAAACACCAAGAGUCGACCACUGACUAUUGUGAAUUCUAAGGCUUGCAGAGGGAGACCUCGUACAAAGAGGAAUAUAUAUGACGAGCAGACUGUGGUUGGUGAACCUGCCUCUUGCCUAGACACAACCUCAACAGAAACAUUUAACAAGCUGCCUAGUGAUGAGACUGCAGGUAUUUUGUCUAGUACCACACAGACCUUGGAGAAUUCUAAGCCUCGCAGAGGGAGACCUCCUAAAAGGAUGAAGACAUUGGGUAAACCUGACUCUUGCCCAGAAGCAACCCUGAUAAAAGAAUUAAAGAAGCCGACUAGUCAUCAGAUUGCUGGUAUUUUGUCCAAUGGCAAGUGUGUGAAUUCUAAGAGUCGCAGGGGAAGACUUGCUAUAAAGAAGAAAUUUGUUAGGCAGUUACUGUUUGGUGAACCUGACCCUCACCUAAAAGUAAUAACUAAGUGUAUGCCAUCUAUGUCCUCCAUACAAGAAUUUAAGGAUCAUCUGUUAUGGACGGGCUGGAAAUUUGAUGUCAACAAGGUGGGUGGUGAGACUAAGAAUAGUUAUGUUGCUCCAAAUGGAACGGUAUGUGCAUCAAUUAACGAAAUUUGCCAGGUGUUGGAAGCGUCAAAAAUAUGUGAGGUGGUUCCCCCAGUUGAACAAAGUAGUUUACAUGGUGACACUGAUAACUCCACCCAGUCUCCUUGCAUGGAAAGACCAACAUGCAGAGAGGUGCCUGAGUUGCACAAAGAAACACUUGCUGCGACUACAGAAAUAAGUAUUCAGCCUGCGAGAACAGGCACUCAGAGAGGUGACACUGAUAACUCCACCCAGUCUCCUUGCAUGGAAAGACCAACAAGCAGAGAGGUGCCUGAGUUGCAUAAAGAAACAAUUUCUGAGACUGAAGAAAGAGGAAUUCAGCUUGAAAAAGAGCUUGAAGAAGCAGAGAUUCCGCAGCAAGAAACAGGAAAUCAUAACGAAGAAACAAAUACGGAGCCUGAAGAACCAAUGAUUGAGCCUGAAAUCUGCCGCCAAGCUGUAAUUGACUAUUGUUUACCGAAAUCUCACACUUCUGCCUACCAGAAGUCCUAUAGAAAUGGGGUGAAGAUACGGGAUACAGCCCUAAAGGCUAAGACAUACCUAGUUGCAAAUGGAUGGAAAUUAAUUCCUCUUGGGAACAAUGACCAGAGAAUUCGUUACCUUCCUCCAGAAGGAGAAAAGCCUUUUCUGUCUUUUCGGGGAGCUUGCAAUUGGUGUGUGCAAAAGUGGAAAGCUGAAAGCCACUUACCUUCUUCCCAGUCAGCAGUGGUGGAUAAACCUCUGAUCUCCAUUUUAAGAGAAUCAAGGAAGAAGAGAAAGCAUGCAGAUGUAAAAUCCAAGUCUUCUCUCAAAAAAGGAGAUGGUGAUAUGCGAUCAAGCAAAAGAGCUCGAAAGGUUGCUCCUUCCUCCUCAAAUCAAAUACCUCGGACAGUUUUAUCUUGGUUGAUAGACAAAAAUGUGGUCCUGCCACGUGCUAAGGUAAAAUAUUGCGAAUUGAAGAAUGGUAAUCCGAUGGCACAAGGGCGGAUAACUCGUGAAGGGAUCAAAUGCAACUGCUGCCAAAAAAUAUUUGGUCUUCGUAACUUUGAAGCUCAUGCUGGGAGCAUCUGUAAUAGACCUUCAGCAAAUAUAUAUUUGGAGGAUGGAAGGUCUCUUCUCGAGUGUCAAAUGCAGAUGAAACGCAAACAUAGUACAGAAAACAAAGAGAGUAGCCAUUUUACCGAAAAUGACUAUAUAUGUUCUGUGUGUCAUUAUGGUGGUGACUUAAUACUCUGUGAUGGAUGCCCUUCUUCAUUUCAUCCUGAUUGCCUUGGGAUUAAGGUAUCUCUUCCAUACUGUUUAUUGUAUUUCUUUUUCUUAAUCUUCAAUCAAAAAGCUAAUUGCUUUAUUUUGCAAUUGUUUAAACAGGAGGUUCCAAAUGGUGACUGGUUUUGCCCAUCAUGCUGUUGUAAAGUGUGUGGUGAGAGCAGAUUUGAUAAAGACAGAAAACAAUUUACAGAUAACACCCUUCUCAUUUGUUGUCAGUGUAACCAUAAAUAUCAUGCUCGGUGUGUGAGAAACAACGGUCUUGAAAAACUGGAUGAUUUUCCUGUAGGAAAUUGGUUGUGUAACAAAAGUUGUAAGCUGAUAUGUUUGGGUAUGCGUCAGCUCCUGAAGAAAUCGGUUAUAGUGGGUAAUGAUGACCUCACCUGGAGACUGUUGAAAUAUACAGAACCUGAUGACGAGUCCAGUGUGGAGAUCUAUAGCCGACUUUGUGUCGCUUUGAAUGUGAUGCACGACAGCUUUGAACCAGUCAAAGAACGUCUCACAGGGAGAGACAUUGCAGAAGAUGUCAUAUUUAGUAGAUGGUCCGAGCUGAACCGGUUAAAUUUCCAAGGCUUCUACACCGUACUAUUGGAAAGAAAUGACGAACUCAUUUCAGUAGGGACUGUAAGGGUUUAUGGAGAAAAAGUGGCAGAGAUCCCACUUGUUGCAACACAAUUUAAGCACCGCCGACUUGGAAUGUGUCGCAUUUUAUUUAAUGAGCUUGAAAAGACACUCGCGGGAUUGGGAGUUCAGAGGCUUGUAUUGCCAGCUGUCCCUGGUGUCCUCAACACAUGGACCAAAAAAUUUGGUUUCUCAGUGGUGGGACAAUCAGAGAGGGCGAAUUUCUUCGACUACACCUUCCUAGAUUUCCAGGGCACUAUAAUGUGCCAGAAAGUCCUUGAAAGGACCCCCGCUGAAGACAAUGUUGUUGUUUCCGAGGUGUUUCAAGCGACACAAGUUGAGGGUUGCGCAACUGUGGACCAAGGUUCAGUCCUAUACAUACUCAUGUCAUUCCAUAGAAAUAAAUUUCUUAGUUAUUGGAUCCUUGUCAUAAUUAACCAUCAUUUGUUAUUUUUAACAGGUUAACCAACAAGCUUGAUCAACCUUAGCAGCCUACCUUGCCAGUGAUGAUCGCAAUGAUAGUGGCCUGGUAAAAUGCUACAAGCUGAGUCGGACCUACCUUGCCGUGUAUAAAGCAAGUUUUUUUUCAGAAGGGGUGAUACUCAACAGUGAGCUGGUGAAAAGGUUGAACCAGCAGAGGAGCUGUGUGUACCUAUCUCUUAAAGGAUAGUGUUAUUUAAGAAACUUGGAUAUUUGUACUCAGGUUUAAUAUUUAGUUUCCCUCCGAGGGAAUUUAUUGAGACUGUGAUAUGUGUAAAGCUGAUUAGAUUAGUUCAAUUUGGCUUCAGCAGCUUUUGUAUUGUUCCUAAUAGUAUCAUACAUAGAGCCAGUUUUUCAUUUGCUUUCAUAUAUGUUGUUUUGCCUAGAACAGAGUUUUUCUCUUGACUGCUAAUACUAUAACUGCAAAACUUUUGCUGA